ACUGCUCUGGAACAGAGUCCAGGGGUUCUGGCUGAUUCAUUCCAUUCCCAAGUUUCCUCCAAUUCCUGAAGAAGGCUAUGAUUAUCCACCCACAGGGAGACGAAAUGGACAAAGUGGCAUCUGCGUGACUUUCAAGUACAACCAGUAUGAAGCAAUAGAUUCUCAGAUCUUGGUCUGCAACCCAAACAUCUACAGCUGUUCCAUCCCGGCCACCUUUCGCCAGGAGCUCGUUCACAUGCCCCAGCUGUGCGCUAAAUCUCAUUCAUCAGAGAUCCCUGAUCGGCAUCUCACCACUCUGCAGUCAGCCCAGGGACAAAACUUCCUCCAUUUUGCAAAGUCUGAUUAUUUUCUCGAUGACAUCUUUGCAGCAUGGAUGGCUCAACAGUUGAAGUCACACUUGCUAACAGAAACCUGGCAGCGAAAGAGACAAGAGCUUCCUUCAAACUGCUCCCUUCCUUACCAUGUCUACAAUAUCAAAGCAAUUAAGAUAUCUCGACAAUCCUAUUUCAGUUCUUAUCAGGAUCAUGCCAAAUGGUGUAUUUCUCAAAAGGGCACCAAAAAUCACUGGACAUGUAUUGGAGACCUAAAUCGGAGCCCACACCAAGCCUUCAGAAGUGGUGGAUUCAUUUGUACUCAGAAUCGGCAUAUUUACCAAGCAUUUCAAAGAUUAGUUUUGUUUUAUGAGAACUGUAACUAAACUUGGUGAAAGGACACAUGUACUAUCAUUGAAAACAUUGAUAAUGGGUCUUCUUCCAUUAGAGCCAUUCUUUAUACAUUAAAAGCCUGUUAAUAUCCUCACAAUCUAUAUAUUAUCAAAUAAAACAUUUUU